AUGCCUCAGCUGAGCGGCGGCGGCGGGGACGACCUGGGGGCCAACGACGAGAUGAUCGCCUUCAAGGACGAGGGCGAGCAGGAGGAGAAGAUCCCGGAGAACGCCUUCACGGAGCGGGACCUGGCCGACCUCAAGUCCUCCCUGGUCAACGAGUCGGAGAGCAGCCAGAGCCCCGGCGCGCCGGCGGUCCGGCGGGGACAGCAGGGCGAGCAGCGGAGCUUCGCGGAGAAACACCGGCAGCAUCACGACGGAGUGUCCAAGCAGCAGGAUGGAGGCAUGUACAAGACGGCGGCGGCGUACCAGGGGUAUCCGUUCCUCAUGCUGCCGGACCCCUACCACCCCAACAGCUCCGUGUCUCCAUCCUCCAACAAAGUGUCGGUGGUGCAGCAGUCUCACGGGAUUCACCCGCUGACGUCCCUCCUGCCCUACAGCAACGAGCACUUCAGCCCGAGUCCUCCUCACCUGCCCACAGACAUGAGCCAGAAGACAGGCGUUCACAGGCACCAGUCCCAAGACCUCUCAGGGUACUACUCCCUCCCUCCAGGCGGGGUCGGCCAGAUCACUCCUUCCAUGGGCUGGCAGAGCCAGCCUGUCUAUCCGGGCCUGUCGCCCUGCGGAUUCAGGCAGCCCUACUCGUCUAACCUCACCGGCGCCGCCUCCUACUCCAGGUUCCCUCACUCUCUGAUGCUCGGCCCGUCGGCCAUGCAUCCUACAGGGAUCCCCCACCCGGCCAUAGUGCCCCCCACAGGCAAACAGGAGCAUGACCAGUACGACAGGGGCAUGUACAUGAAGCCGCAUGUGGAGUCCAAGCGGGAGAAGGAGCCCAAGAAGCCGGUGAUCAAGAAACCCCUGAACGCCUUCAUGCUCUACAUGAAGGAGAUGAGGGCAAAGGUCAUCGCCGAGUGCACAUUAAAGGAGAGCGCCGCCAUCAACCAGAUUCUGGGACGAAGGUGGCACGCUCUGACCCGAGAGGAGCAGGCCAAGUACUACGAGCUGGCCCGCAAAGAGAGACAGCUCCACAUGCAGCUCUACCCCACCUGGUCCGCCCGGGACAACUACGAGGCGGGCCUUAGCGGGGUCGCAGGGGAAAAGAGUAAAGCUGAUUGGGGAAAAAAGAAGAGGAGGAAAAGGGAGAAGCUGCAGGACUCCAGCACAGACCCGGGCUCUCCUAAGAAAUGUCGGGCUCGCUUCGGCCUCAACCAACAAACGGACUGGUGCGGUCCCUGCAGGAGGAAAAAGAAGUGCAUUCGCUACCUUCAAGGAGGAGGCUGUCCCAGCCCAACUUCUUCAGAUUUAAGUGCUAUAGACUCUCCGCCCUCCCCGACCCGCCACCGCCUCUACCAGCACCUGCCGCCCGUCUCCCCGGGCUGCUCCCCCCCUUCCCCGUCCACGCACCUCCCCUCGUCCCCCCCGCUGACACGCGUGCGCUCGUCGCACACGCGCCCGCCGCCCCCCCAUCAGCCUGCCACCAAACGCACGCACACGCGUCCGGGAGCGAGCGGCGGGCUGACGCGCGGCUCCACCUCGACGGCGCUGUCGGCCGCCGACGCCUCGGGACUUUCUCUCACAGUGCUAAUGGAGGCUCCGUGAUGUGACCUUUGACCUCAGCCUCCACAAAGAACGUCUUCUCUCACUCUCGGUUUUCAUCACGCCGCCCCCCUCCCCGCGCAGAAGAUCCUCCACCGUCCUCAAACCCUCCUUGAGAUCAGGCCUUCGUAUCUAAAUAUAGAUCUCUGAAUACCCGUAAGCCCACCAGGCUGUACAUGUGUGACCUCCUGGUCAUGACCUUAAAUGUUGUAGCAGGUGGAGGGGGGGACAGACGCCCCCCCCCGCUCCUCAUCGAUGAUUGAAGGGUCCCAGAUGACGUCUUUCUGAAAUACCAACCUGUGGUCCUUUGGCGCCGUCUGCUGCCGCUUAACUGCAACGACGCCGUGACUUUUUGCUUCUGGAGAAUCUGUUUUUAUUUGUAAUCUUUGACCUUCAUGACAAUCACAAACAUAAACUGACAGCACACGCUCGUGACUUCUACACUGCAGAUGUUUGGGGUCACCCAGAGACCACCAAGCAGCAGCUUUGAUUAAAGGACACUUUUAUUAGCAGUUAGAUUUUUAUUCCUUUUCCCUUUUUUACGCAGUAACCAUUCCCACUCACUUCUUUUGGCACUUCCAGACGCUCACUAGAUCACCUGUUACAUUUGACUUGUUUCUGUGAGGCCUUUUGAAGGUCAGGUGUUCAGGUGGGGGAGGGGGGCCCUUAUGUGUUCUUUUUUUUUUCUCUGUAAACUAAUCUGAGACCAAAUGGGUACUAUUAUAUUGCAUCGUGUUGUAAAGUUUUAUAAAUGUUUGAAUUCCAUAUUAGAAUUAAACUUUCGUUUUUAUGUAUUAAAAAAAAAGGAAAAAAAGGGGCUUUUAUAGUUGCUACUGUUUCCUAAAGCGGCCCUUAGUGUUCAGUCCGUGCAUGUUCCACCUCUGCAGCUCGCCGGGCCUCCGAGCAGAACCUCGUGGGGAUGUGUCGCGCCUCUCAUGUAUUACCGGUGUUUGUUCGAUGUAUUAAAGUGUUUUUAUUAUCUUUU